AUUUUCUUCCACGUCGAAACCAACAUCGUUAGAAAGUCACAAAAGUUGGCCCGGUUGUUUCAAGUGCAACCACGAAACCACAUAUUUGUAUAGUUAGGCUGUGAGAGUUUUUAUUUAAAUAAACAUGAACAAAUUGAUAUUUUUCGCUUUGCUGCUCUUCCCAGCAAUAAUUUUCAUUUUCGAAAAUGGAAAAAUGGUCUCAUAUGCCGAAGAGGAUCCUCUAGAGGAUGAAAUUGAAGUGGAAGGUGAAGGAGAUGUAGAAGAAGUUGCAGGGGUUGAAGAAGAGGAAGAGGUAACCUCUACAGCUUCACCAUAUGCUGAUACAACGCUCUUAUUUGUGAAACCAGAGACUACAGGAGCUACCCAAUUAGAAAUCCCUGCAGGCUUCCCUGUCGAAUUCCUAGUGGGUUUCCGUAACAAGGGCGACCAAGAGUUCACCGUCGACACCUUAGAAGCCUCAUUCCGCUACCCCAUGGACUUUAAUUUCUUCAUUCAAAAUUUCUCGGCCAUCGGUUACAACAAAAUCGUUCUGCCGGACCAGGAGGCCACCUUACACUACAGUUUUUUACCAUCAGAAGCAUUCGCCGGUAGACCAUUUGGACUGAACAUCCUUUUGAACUACCACGACGGUGCUGGAAACUUUUUCCAAGAGGCCGUCUUCAAUGAAACCAUACAAGUCGUUGAAUUGGAGGAAGGUUUGGACGGUGAAACGUUCUUCCUCUACGUCUUCUUAGCUGCUGGAGUAGUUUUGUUGCUGGUUAUUGGACAGCAAACCCUUUUAUCAGUGGGAAAGAAACGCAGUAGCAGUAGUAGCGGAAGCAGCAGCAGGAAAUCUGCACCAGUAGAGACUGGAACCAGUAAUCCCAACAACGUAGAUUAUGAUUGGCUCCCUAAACAGACUCUAGCUAAUUUAAAUAAGGAAAAACUAUCGAAAUCGCCAAAGAGCAAACCAGUAAGUCCACGACAAAGGAAAGUGAAACGUACCACGGGUUCGGAAUAAAAUUUAGGGAUCAGUGACUGAAUUUUUUUCAUUUCAUCAUUUAUUUCUAUUUCAUCCGAAUAAAAGACCAUUCAUCUGAAGUUUGCUUGCAAUUUUUUUCUCGAGAAAUUCGUUAAGCUGGCCAUUUUUUGUCUUCUUAAGAAAGGAACUGAAUAUGACACUUUAUGAGGUAUUUAAACGUAAAUGAUUAAAUUUUAACACUUCUGUAAAUAAACCUUCGUUUUGCGACAUUUUAAUGAGAAAUGUCAAUUGUCUGUCAAAAUAGUUAAGGAUUGAUGACUACUCAAAAAAAAAAAUUUUUUAUUUACAUCGACCAGUUGUCAAAUUUUGAAGUUAUUGUCAGUUUUUUUAAACUUAUUUAUUUGUUUUGUUAUUUAUAUUACUUGAAUAGAGAAAUUCUGACUGGUGACAUCAGUUUUUGACAGUUGUAAUAAAAUGUUUCCUUUUAUUUUGUUUAAAAAAUAAAAUUAUGAAUUGUAUGUCAAAUUUCAACAACUAGGCAUGGAAUUAUGAAAGUUUUGAAAAUGAUACAGCUAAAUGACAAUUUUGACUGUAAAUUUUCAUUUAACUAUCUCAUAGUUUAUUGAUAUUUUUUGAAAAAUGGUCAGUUGUUUUGAAUUUUCGAUUUAUUUAUGGAUUUUUAUAUUAUUUUUUUCGAUGUGUUGUGAAUUUUCCUCAGUUGUUAUAUAUUUGCAAUAAAUUAAUAUAAUAUAUUAUGAUAUCGAUUAUUCAAAUUACACCAUAAUGGUGCUUCAGAAAACUAUUAAAGCGUAAUUUGAUUUGUAA